CAAUUCUACGCGCUUCGCAUUAUAAUUGUGUCUGACAAAAAUAUUUAUACGUGUAUGUUGUACUUUAACGAGAUAAUAAACUGAUGGACGCCGUUAAUUAUUGGCUUCUGGCCUUUGUUAUUGUGACUCAAAGUCAGCUGUUAAAUGGCCAGCAAACCGCUGCAUCGGUGUCAAUUUGUGGCACAAAGGAAUUGUGCGUCACCGAGCAGCGUUGCAAUGAGACGGAUGAUUCGGGACGCGGUGAAAUUGGGGUACGCCUCGCUCGCAUCUGUGGUGUGGGUAUGGUGUGCUGCGAUCGCGAACAACUGCAAAGCUGGGACGCCACACAGAAUAUGACAGGAUCUCCUAGACACACAAACACCGACAUCAAAAACAAAGCAAUCACAGGCACUGACUCUGAACCCAGCGGGUAUGAGACCUGCGGCGUGAAAAUGGAAUGUGUGCCCAGGAGUCUCUGUCAAGACAAUAUCAUCGUCGAAGAUGGUCGCUUUCUAGUCAAUCCACGUAUUGGGGAGUUGCCCUGCACACGUUCCUUGCAUCGCUGCUGUGCCGUAGAUCAGCGGGUGGAGGCCAAUGCGAGUCCGUACAUUGCCAGGUUGGAUAAAUUCAAGUAUCAGGGCUGCGGGCACAGCAAUGUGAAGGGCCUGAUUCCCGAUGAGGAUGGCUACGAGUACCCGAUGGAUGUAUCGCUCUUUGGCGAAUUUCCGUGGAUGGUGGCAAUCAUGACUGGACGCAAUCAGUAUCUCUGUGGUGGCACACUAAUCCAUCAACAGCUGGUGCUGACGAGCGCUCACAAUAUACGCAACCAAACGGUGGACACUCUGAUUGUCUUUGUUGGCGAAUGGGAUCUAAAUGGAUUCGAUGAGCCAUACGAGCGUCAGGCCCGCCGCAUCAAGCAGAUAAUCAGACAUGAGGAAUUCGAUCCUGGUUCGUAUUUUAAUGAUAUUGCCUUGCUGGUUUUGGAGACACCGAUCGACAUCCAGCCGCAUAUUCAACCGCUGUGCCUGCCACCGCCAGAGACGCCUCAGCUGCACAAAGAUCUCCGCCAGGCUGUGUGCUAUGCCACCGGUUGGGGUGCCCGUAAUCUGAAAAGCAUUAGGAACGAACAUUUACUCAAACGCAUCGAGCUGCCCUUGGUCAACAAAGAUGAGUGCCAGGCACUGCUGAGAGUCACACGACUGCGAGAGCGUUUCCGGCUACGUCCAAGUUUCAUCUGUGCUGGCGGCGUGAAGGGCCAGGAUACAUGCAAAGGCGAUGGCGGAUCACCAUUGUUCUGCUCGCUGCCCGGACAGGCGGAUCGCUAUCAGAUAGUUGGCAUCGUUUCGUGGGGAGUCGAUUGCGCCAAGGAGGAUGUGCCAGCGGUCUAUGCAAAUGUGCCCUACCUACGCCCUUGGAUCAAUGAAAAGGCCAAGUUACUUGGCUUUGAUCUGGAGUCGGUGGUUUAAUUAAUUAACCAUUUAAAAUUAACUUCCACUAGAGAGCAAGUUUUAUUUAACCUUGCUCUCAGACGAAACUCAAUUUUUAAAUUUUUUUAUUAAAACAAUAAAUAUUACAAAUGAAUAAAGAAUGAAGAAGUAAAAAAGC